AAAUGAUGAUGGUAUAAGUAAAAGAAGACAUCAACACCAGCUUCCAUGUUCCCCUCACUCGGUUGAAUCAGCGUCUUCGGAAAAAUGUUCUUCUUUUUUUUUUUUUAAUUUAUCUUGCUUUGCGAGUUGCAACCUUUCAUCUUUAAUUGACUGUUUCAAUAAUAGCGUUCAAAGUGAGGAAUACACUUUGAUUUAAAAAGACGGCCGUUGCUAACCAUGCAUAGGCUGAAUGAAGGCUGAUGAUUCAAGCGAGUAAGUCUUUACCAUUUGCUACAGAGCCAAGAAGACGUCCUAAAAAAUAUAAUAUUUCAUGAGGCAAACUUAAAGCCCAGAUCCUCAGCUCUUUCUCUUUAUCUUUUGUUCUCUUUUGCUUUGGUUUUUGCUUUACUUUUUUCUCUAACAAGAAUAGUGUUCAUUAGUAGUUCCUAAGCUGCUACUCAAACAAAUACUUGCCAGUCCUUUAUCUUUUUCAUUUAUCUGUAUUUUCUUCUUUCACGUGAUUAAUUUCACUUUUUUUUUUAAUUUUUUUUUUGUUUUCACAUUUCUUUUCACACAUCUCUUGCUUAUCUUAAGGCCUCCCCCUUCCCCCUCAAUUAUCUUUCAAGGAGUCCCAAGAUUCUUACCAUCAAUUCUUUGUUAAUUUCUUUGAACUCAAAUGGCAAGUGUGCAGGUUUUCGGAUCACCAGCUUCUGCUGAGGUAGCUCGGGUUCUGACGUGCCUCUUCGAGAAGGAAGUUGAGUUCCAGCUCAUUCGCACUGAUACCUACAAAGGCAAAAACAGGAGACCAGAUUAUCUCAAGCUACAGCCAUCAGGCGAAUCUCUCACCUAUGAAGAUAGCAAGAACACUUUAGUAGAUUCAAGGGCUAUAUGCCUGCACGUAGCCAACACUUACGCCGAGCAGGGGAACAAGGACUUGCUGGGGAGAGGUAGGCUUGAAAGGGCGUCAAUAGAACAGUGGCUGAGGACCGAGUCACAGAUCUUUGACCCUCCAAGCUCUACACUUGUAUUCUAUCUUGCAUUUGCACCAUUUCAGGGCAUUGAGAGGGAUGAGGAGGAAGUGCAGAAGAGCAAGAAGGAGCUGGAGAAGGUGCUUGAUAUCUACGACAAGAGACUCAACGAAAUGAGCUUCCUGGCAGGGGAUAAUUUUACUCUAGCAGACCUUGCGCACCUCCCAAACACCCACCGCCUGAUGACCAUGGUGCCAGAAUGUGCCGCCAUGUUUCAGGAGCGACCCAAUGUGAUGAAGUGGUGGGAGGCGAUCUCAAGCCGCCCAAAGUGGACUAGGGUGGUGGAAUUGCAGAAGGAAGCUCCAGCAGUGGCUUAAAUGAUACAUGGCUUACAUUGUUUUCAUUUUUCUUGCUUGUUUACUGUGUGUGAGUCAAAUCGGUACUUAUCUGGCAGUAGCUUCAGGAAUAUGCUGCUUCGUUUCUGUGUGGCGUUAAGCUUCUGUGUUUCUGUAGUGUCAAGUAUAAAAUUUAUAAAUAGGAAUGAAGGUCUAAGUUCACUUUGUUCUGUUGAAGAGGUUGGUCUAUGAAGAAAGUUGUAAUUUCACAGUUAUUCAUUGGAAUGCAAGUGCUUUUAAUCUAA